AUGGCAUUACAUAUUGCAAUCUGUGCUCCUUCCUACUUCAAUAAUGAAAAUGAUGAGGUCUUGCGAAAGUGGAAUCAACUUCAAGCUUUUUGGGGGUUUGGUAAAGGUUAUUAUUCGUCCAAUAUGUCACCUGUAGAGUUCACAUCUGAAAAUCCAUAUUGUCGUUUCAAAGUAGUUUGCUAUACAAAAAUUCCCAAUUAUCGUAAUGAAGAUGGUAUUGUGCAAAUUAUAAUUGGAAGGGGCCUUUCAGAAGUGGAGGCCUACAAACAGGAAGUUAUUUCAGCAUUGAGUCUAUUAUUCGGAGGUAAUGAAGUUGUUGUUAAUGAAAUUUUUGCUGCUGAAGUACCAAACAAAACGAACUUCAGAUUUUACAUUCAGCAAGUUUUUCCUAAUGGAGAGAUUCAACGUGCAUCUACCACUGACACCUUUAGUCAUAUGUUAAGAGCAUCAUACAAUCCAAUUUUUAAGAUUAUUCCAAUGUUGACUUUAACUGAACAACAAAUGAAGAAAUAUCUUGAUACACCGCAAAGAGAUAUUACGGGGUAUUUUUUUAUUGUACCUACAUUUGUGGAAUUAAAAAUUAAAAUAAAUUAUUUAUUGUUUAUAGGAAUUGAUCCAGCAUUGUGGGAACUGGGCAAGCAAAAAAAUCCUGACCCAAAGAAAUUGAUACCUGUUGUAAAAGUGGGAUUUCAGGAAUUACAGAAACAGUUCAAGUAUCAAGAAGAAUAUGGCAAUAAAAUUCAUAAUAGUAUGAAGAAUAUUAUGGAUGAUAUAAGACAAUUAAGUUGUAUGCAGACGACAAUUAAAGUUACCAUUCAGAAUUUUAAGUUGAAACAGACAAAUAUAAUGCGCCGAGUUCUAAAAUUGGUGUCAGCACAAGAGGUUGAAAGGAAAAAAAAUCUACCACUAGAAGAAAUAGAGGAUCAGAUUCGACUGCGAUUAGAAAACUUGUAUAUGCAGCUGCAGGACCUCAAGGGAUGUUUGAAUGAACUAAUGGCUCAGUCUAUAAAGCCUGGUAGUUUUCCGCGAGCCCAACGGUAUGGACUGGUUGUUGACAAAGUGCAGGAUAUAUCACAAUACCUAAAAUGGCAGCAGGAUGCACUUCAGGCUAUAGUUAACAUACUUAAGGAAGAUAUACAAGUGGUCGUUAACAUAAAGAAGAACAUCAGCUAAGUUUUGAGAGUUAAGGAAAUUGGCUAACCGUCAACCAACUUCCCCAAACCACAUUCAAACAUUGGUAAUUAACCCUAUCAUUGUUUAACACCUCCCUCCACCCUUUCAGGGAGGGUAUGAUGCUACACUGAAUUUUUUUGGUUCGUAACCAGCAACACACAUUGAACUGAUGAUAUUUCACUCUCUCAGGGAGGGUAUGAUGCUACACUGAUUUUUUGUUUGUAACCCGCAACACACACAUUGAAUUGAUGAUAGUCAAUAAAUUAAAUU